AGCAAAUCUCAAUUCACUCAUAUUACAGUAUUUUAAAGUUUUAUAAGUUUCUGCUUUCAAGUUUCAGUAGCGAAAACAAUGGCGGGUCUCAUGAAGGUGGCAUGCAUGGUGGUGCUGUGUGUGGCCCUGGUGGCCACACCCAUUGCCGAAGCCAUCACUUGCGGCCAGGUCACCACCAGCCUCGCACCAUGCCUCUCUUACCUCCAGAGCGGUGGCGCUCCGGCACCCGCCUGCUGCAAUGGAGUCAGGAGUCUCCUCAGCGCGGCUCAGACCACCGUCGACAAACAGACCGUCUGCAACUGCCUCAAGGGCGCCGCCGGCCAGCUCCCCGGACUCAACCCUCAGAAUGCUCAGAACCUUCCUGCGCAAUGCAAGGUCAACAUCCCCUACAAGAUCAGCACCUCCACCAACAAACAGACCGUCUGCAACUGCCUCAAGGGCGCCGCCGGCCAGCUCCCCGGACUCAACCCUCAGAAUGCUCAGAACCUUCCUGCGCAAUGCAAGGUCAACAUCCCCUACAAGAUCAGCACCUCCACCAACUGUGCCAACAUCAGGUUCUGAAGAUGAUGAGAAGGCAAUGGCGUUGAAGAAUAAAGGAAGGACCACGUAGCUAUAUUAUGGGAGUCUACUUUUGAAGUGUGUCCCCAUGAUUUUAUGUCUCAAUACAUGUUAGUUUUAAUUAAGUGUUCUUUGUGUCAGUUGAUUAGUAUGUGUAUCGGUAUCUCUGUGUCAUGUAUUAUUCACAAAUCUUCAAUUCCAUGGUGCUACUUUUGAUUUUAUAUAUAAUAUAAUCCUCUUUCUCUUUU